CCUCGCCCCGCAGCCCCCGCGGCUCUGCCCGGCCGCCCCCCCCACCCCUCCCCAGCACCGGGCGGGCUCUGCCCGGCCCCCUCCGGAGCUGGGGGCGGCCGGGGCCGCUCCGGGGGAGGGGAGAGGCUCGUCCCCCCCUCGGAGGCGGCUACUAAAGCGGCUGCGAGCGGCGGCCCCCGCAGAGCGGCCGCGGCCAUGAGCGCGGCGGGGAGCCCCGACGGGGCGGCCGCGGGGCCGGCGCUGCUGCUGCUGCUGCUCGGCGCCCUCCUGCUGCUGGCCGGGGCCCGCCGCCGCAGCGGCCCCCGGCGCCGGCCCCCCGGCCAGCGCAGCCCCCCGGGCCCCUUCGCUUGGCCCUUGGUGGGCAACGCGCUGCAGCUGGGCCGCCUGCCCCACUUGGCGUUCGGGCGGAUGGCGCGCCGCUACGGCGCCGUCUUCCAGCUGCGGCUGGGCCGCCGGCGGGUGGUGGUGCUCAACGGCGAGGCGGUCAUCCGGCGGGCCUUGGUGGGCUUGGGCGCCCGUUUCGCCGGCCGCCCCGAUUUCCCGUCCUUCGAGCUGGUGUCUGGGGGGUACAGCGUGGCUUUCGGGUCCUGCUCGCCGCGGUGGAGGGCGCGCCGGCGCCUGGCCCACGCCGCCCUGCGGGCCCGCUCGACGGCGGCCGAGGUGGAGCGGCACGUGGCGGCCGAGGCGGGGGACCUCGUCCGGCUCUUCCUCCGGCGCAGCCAGGGCGGCACCUACUUCGAGCCCUCCCCGCUCUUGGUGGUGGCCAACGCCAACGUCCUCUGCGCCCUCUGCUUCGGCCGCCGCUACAGCCACGCCGAGAGUGAGUUCACGGCGCUGCUGGACCGUAACGACCGCUUCGGGCAGACGGUGGGGGCGGGCAGCAUGGUGGACGUGCUGCCCUGGCUCCUGCGCUUCCCCAACCCCGUGCGCCGCGUCUUCCGCGACUUCCAAGCCCUCAACCAGGAGCUGCACAGCUUCGUGCGCGCCAAGGUGGCGCAGCACCGCCAGACCUUCGAUCCACACGCCCUCCGCGAUGUCAGCGACGUCAUGAUCGCUGCCGUGGAGCGUGGCGAAGGGCCCCCCGAGGGGCUGGGACCCAAGGACGUGGAUGGCGCCAUGACUGACAUCUUUGGAGCUGGGCAGGACACCACAUCCACGGCUCUCUCGUGGGUCCUCCUGCUGCUGUUGAAGCACCCGCGGCUCCAGCGGGACCUCCAGGCUGAGCUGGACCGAGUGGUGGGACGCUCCCGGUUGCCCACAGCCGAGGACCGGCCGCACCUGCCCCUCCUGGAAGCCUUCAUCUACGAGACGCUGCGCUACAGCAGCUUCGUGCCCAUCACCAUCCCGCACGCUACCACGGACGACGUGGAACUCGAGGGCUUCCACAUCCCCAAGGGCACUGUGGUCUUCAUCAACCAGUGGUCGGUCAACCACGACUGCGGCAAGUGGCCUGACCCGCAACGCUUUGACCCCGCACGCUUCCUGGACGCGCAGCGGUGCCUGGACCGCGACCGGGCCGGCAGCGUCAUGAUCUUCUCGGCCGGCCAGCGGCGCUGCAUCGGUGAGCAGCUCUCCAAGCUCCAGCUCUUCCUCUUCACCGCCAUCCUCCUCCACCAGUGCUCCUUCCACGCCAACCCGGCGGAGCACCUCACCAUGGACUGCAUCCACGGGCUGGCCCUGAAGCCGCGGCCGUUCACCGUCACCGUGCGCCUGAGGCACCCCGCGCUCAUCCAGCCCUGAGCGGGCGGGGGGUCCCAUCUGCGCCGCACCCCCUUGGUUUGCAGUUGGCAGCGCUGGGGUGCGGGGGAUGGAUCCACAGGUGGACCCUGCCGUGGCGCAUCCCUGCCUGCGGGCGAAGGGCAGCAAGUCCCCUCAGCAAUAAACCCCUUUGAGACAGGA